GCUAAAGGAUACUCCUACAAGGUCAAGCACGAAACAGAUAUUGAAUCGAAGUCGGUCUAUUAUGAGAGCCCCAAGAUAUCGGGCUUUAUUAGUUGAUAAUUGAUAGUUUUUUGUAUUAUUGAAGAUCUUUGGGAUCCGGACGCGAGAUUGAAGUCUCCUCGCUCUGGUUUACUUAAGCUGCCUUCAGCUGUCUUACCUUACUCGCAUUCUUAUAAUACUUUAAGUACAUAUAUAGGUAUCUACCUUGGUACCUUGCAUCAUCUAUUAUGGCGCGUAUGCCAAAAAUUCCAUCGCCAUACGGCCCCCGGCCAAAACGCUCGGCGCAGCUGGUACUCAUUUGGAUGGUUAUAUUAAUCAUCGCGUUCAUCGUGACGUUCUACCUUACAUCGCGAGAGCGUGACGCUCCGUCUUCGUACGCAGGCAUGCGACUCCCUGACGAUAAGGAGCCAGCGGGAGGAGGAGUCAAGAUGGCGAAGAUAGUGCCUUGAUAUCGCUUUCAUCUUUGAUGAGAGGUGCUAUUAGCGGGGUUUAUUAUAUAAUAGAGGAUACUCGAUCUUGUUUAUGAGUUGCAUAGGAGCAAACGAAACUGAACCCGAGACGUUGAUUCGUCAAUACGGAGUCAAUUGGAC